AUGGUUCAACAAAUUUCAAUGGAGAAUUUGUGCACGGAAAUCCAGGAAAAACUGGUUGAUGAUUCUACAAAGUGUCCGACCAGUUCCCCUCUUCAGAAGGGGUCAUCUGAGGAGGCUGAAAAUCAUUUUUCAGUGUAUAAUGUAGAUUUUUCUUCUCCGGCGGACACCUGGAAUAUAGGGGAGGUAGGGGAAGAAGAGGAAAGAUCGACGGAAGAUGAAGAAUCUGUUGGAGGGGAAUUAGAGUUAAAAAUGAUGGAACACUGGCUUGAGUGGACCAACGUUCUCCACAAUCCGGGAUUCGAGACCAUUGAAGAUGAUGUUUUUGCCUCAAAUGAUGCAAAAGAUGUCAAUGAAGCUGAAGAUCUCAAAUUAUUGGCAGGCCAUGAAGUUCCUCAAGAUGUCGCAAAAAUAAAAGAGAACCAUGGAUCUAUUGAAAUCAACGAAGGAACGAUGGCUCCAAAGUCUACUUUGAUCGGAGAAACUGGGAUUUGCGGACCCUCGGAUGAUGAUUCUGAUGAGAAGCAAAGUGAUUUGAUGAUUUCUACAGAAGUAGCAAUCCAAACUUCUCCUGUUCCGAAGGCAAAGAAGCGUCAAGGAGAUAGCUUGGAUGAUGGAGAGAUUUCAAAAGUUCGAAGAAUCAGUGAUUCGAGCGAUCCCACUGAUUACUGCUUCAAGUCGGUGUUGGAGAGACGCGCGGUGAAACUCGUACCAGGAACAAGCCUGGAAAAUGCACUGGAGAUUGCGAGGAGACGAGCAACAGCGCGGAUCGGCAAAGCGAUGAAGCGCAGUUACGAGUACAACGCGCAGAAUAGAAUGAUGAAAGAAUUUGAAUCGGAGAAUCCAUGGACGGGACAUGAAGCCACGUUUCAAAUGAAUUCUGACGACGAAAUCGAAUUCGAUGCCAGCGAAUCGGAGCCAGAAAUUGACGAAGUCAAGUAUCAGUCGCUCACACGAGAUGCGUUGGCCGCCGAGAUGAACGAAGCCAUCGAAGAGGUGGAGUCAGUGAUUCAAGUGCCACCAGGCACCUGUCGAAUUCUGCUCCACAAAUACAAAUGGAAUAAGGACUCCCUACUGGAGAGAUUCUACGAGAAAUCGGACACCAACGAGUUUCUCAUCGAUUCUCAAGUCAUUCCGAAAGUCAAGAAGACAUUCGAUUCGAAGAAUGAAGAGGCCGAAUGUGAGAUCUGCUGUGAUUUGGUGGAAUUGACUGGGCUGGCAUGCAAUCAUCGAGCAUGUAAUAACUGUUGGACAAUGUAUAUAAUGGAUAAAAUCAAGGAUGGACAGAGUGAAAUCGAGUGUAUGGCAUCGGACUGCAAGCUGUUGAUGGAGGACGAAAAGAUUCUUGAAUACAUCACCGAUAAGGAAGCCAUCACGAAAUACCGGGAUUUAGUCGUCGAUAGCUACGUUGAGAUCAAUAAUCUUCUGUGUUGGUGUCCGAAUGCAAAAUGUGGAAAGGCUAUUCGGGUGAAAGUCAACGAGCCCCAACUAGUCGUCUGUGACUGUGGCACCCAAUGUUGUUUCUCGUGCACCGAGGAAUACCACGACCCCGUCGGAUGUCGACAUCUCAAAAUGUGGAAUAAGAAGGCUCAAGAAAUGAAGGAUCGAAAGCAUAAUGGAGAGGGAUACGGUGCCGAUAAGGAGACAUUCACAUGGCUUAUGUCAAACACGAGAGACUGUCCGAAGUGUUUAGUGUCGAUUGAGAAGAAUGGGGGAUGCAAUUAUAUGUUGUGCAAAAAUCCAAAGUGCAGAUUCCAAUUCUGCUGGAUUUGUAUGAAUGCGUGGUCGGUGCACUCGAAUGCUUGGUAUAAAUGUAACAGUUAUGAUGAGGAAGCCGACAAAAAACGUGAAGCUUCUCGUGCCGAUCUCCAUCGAUUUCUCUUCUACUACACUCGCUACUUCAACCAUAAACGUAGUUUGGAUUUGGAGCAGAAGCUACGCAUCAUCGUCCGCACAAAGAUGGAGGAGCUCGAGAGAAAACAGAUGCGAUGGAUCGAAGUUCAAUUCCUGGAGACUGCUGUUGGGGUCCUCUCGAAGUGUCGAAAGACUCUCCUCCUCACUUAUAUCUUCGCGUAUUACCUUAAAAAAGAUAACAAUACGGCGAUUUUCGAGGGAAAUCAGAAGGACUUGGAGAUGGCCACCGAGCAGCUCUCCGGAUUCUUGGAAAGGGACUUGGAGCAGGAGGAUUUGACUGCGUUGAGACUCAAGGUACAAGACAAGUGUCGGUACGUCGAGCAUCGUCGAAAAAUCCUGCUGGAUCACUGCUCGGAGGGAUACGAACAGGACUUUUGGGAGUUUAGCGAAUAA